UGGGACUUGUGCGUACGUACUGUGAUGUUGAUGUCGCGAUACUGACGAUGAUGGAAACUGAAGCGACCCUACCAGGCUAGCGCUUUGAGGCGCUUAGGCAAAUGACGUCGCACCUGCCCUACACCCUACAUCUGACGCUUGAACUACUGCUCACAUGCAGGCCCAGGCGAUCAUUCAUCCAAACGGCCCGUCUACAUCAGGCGGAACUAAUGCACCCCUCAGACUCUACGGUUCUGAUAUGCCUAGACCUACUGAUUUCUGGCGUGCUGCCUUUCACCCUUUAUAGCUGAGCUGAGCCUGUCAAACCUCAAUUCCCCCAAUGUCAGCAGUCACAAUGUCGGACCCGCCAACGGAGCCCGCGCCUCUACAGAAUAUGACAACAGAUGUCCCUACCAUCGUCGAACCAGAUGUAGACGCAGAAGAACGCGGCCGACUCAAGCGACGUAGGCAGUCGUCACAACACUCUCCACGCCGUGCAUCCUCACCAUCUCGUGGCCACGAUCGCCGCAGCGGCUCCCGAUACAGAGAGCAUCACCGCAAACACCACCGACCUUCGUCUCCGACGUCUUCUAUCUCUCCGCCGACAUCCGCUCAGAAGAAGACUAGAAGGCGCAGUGAUGCCGAGCCGGAUCAUACAUUCCGGGGGCGGGCUCGCAACAGAAGCGGUAGCAGAGGAAGGACUAGGAGUCCAUUGUUAGAAGCCGAUGAUGCUUGCGUCGAAAGCGACGAAGAUGAAAGGAGAUUCCGAAAGAGAAGUGCACCGCCCAGUCGGCACAGGGGUGAAGAGACGGAUGAGGGUGGUGCGGUUCGGCGACAGAGAAGUUAUCCGAACCUCUAUAGGGAAGACAGGAGAGACUCCAAGGGCGAAGGCGAAGGCGAAGGAAAGACGCACGCAGUGGACAUUGUGAACUUGACAGAAGCAAGCGCGGCGGUGCCCCACUUGACGGACUAGCGACUUUGAUAUGUUUGGCCUGUGUGUUGGAGAAAUGCGGCGAUUGGGAUAAGUUUACUAUGGUAGUGUAGUCUAUGUCAACUCUUAGUGUCUAGGAUUGUAGUGUAUAAUUUUGACUGGUAGUUAUCCUCCACGUCG